AUGUCGGAUUCAGGCGAAAGCUCAGGAUCCGCGACUAUCACUCCCCCCGAGACUCCCGUCCCCCGGUACGAAAAGAAAGCCAAAAGCUUCGACAACAUCGCUACCAAGGAGUUUAGUAGGAUGAUUUAUGCAUCGAACACCCUUGAAAAUACAGGGUUAAGCCUUGAAGACACCACCCGUCUGUGUGAACUAGUUUUCCGGGACGAAAAGGUCCCAGAAACGUAUAAUGAAGAAAAACUACUAGAAGAGCAACGACAAAAAGAGGAAGAUGAAGCCCAGUGGACGGUUAUUAAAUGGAUUAUUUCUGCGCAAGAUUACUUUAGUGGAACCGUUGAGGGUGAUAAUGGUGCAGAACUUACUAUUGAGGUCGAUGAGAGGAGGGAGAAUAAGCAAGCUAGAAGGGAGGUUAUUCAACAUGCUCGAGCUUGGAAGUAUUUGCUUGAGAGGUUUUGCAUUGGUGAGGAGGAGCUGAGUGUCAAUUUGAUAAAAAACACGCAUACAGUUUUAUGCGCCGGGUACGAGCUUGAGGAUUGCGACGAAGAAUGGUGGCAAUGGAGUGGUGCAUAUAGAAAGACUGAUAACAUUGGCCCUGGGACGUUACAACAAAUUUGCCAGAGUUCUCAACGUAAAAAAUCACGGGACCGAGAUGGUUCUAGAACCCCGACACAAAGAAGUUACGGAAGAACAAAAGGUAGAAGAACACCGCCGUUAUAUAUCAGAGCCUCGGCGAUUGAGAACUACAUGGAUUAUGCGAUGUCUGAUUUUAGAAGAUUAAGGGGGGUUGAGUCUAUGUAUGGACUCAAUGGGUAUUGUGAUUUGGCAGCUUGGUUACAAGGGAUUAUUAUGACUAUAUGGCCAUUUAGAGCGGAGAAUUCGAAGUUGGCAAGGUUGCUCAUGAAUGGAGUGCUGUGGAGAUAUUGUGGUAUCGUAAUUCCACUUGGCGAAGGGAAGAAGGAGAAGGAUGAGUACCUGGAGAUUUUGAGGAGGGGUACGGAGAUUUUUCAUGGAGGGGAAUUUUCAGUCCCGGUUGAGGAACAGAAGGGGUAUGAGGAAUUGGCCCUGGUGGUAAGGAAAAAGGCAGCGGAGGCGAAGAAGAGGAUUGAGGAGAGUAUGAGGUGGAAGUGGCGAUGGACGUGA